AUGGAUACAUACGUCAAGAACACGAGCAUUGCGGCGUUGCAAGGUGGAUACACGCCAAAUGGCCUCAUCACGGGCUUCUCGAUGAUGCAUGAGUCUGGCACAGGAGGGUGUUCAAAGUACGGCGUUAUUUCGCAAAUGCCCCUUACAAACAUUGAAGCACCGGUCAAUCUCUUGGAUAAUCGCACGUACUGGCAGGAACGUGUUGGGCAAGACCAUGCAAGCGUUGGAUAUUUCCGGACGAGCCUAAAAAACGGUGUCACAACGGAACUGAGCGCAACAAGACACGCAGGAGUGUUGCAUUACGAGUUCCCAAAAGAAAAGAAGAAACAUAUCCUUGUCGAUGUGUCGCAUUAUCUUCCAAAUGUUGUUGGAGGAUAUUGUACUCAAACGUUCCAUCAGGGCGAGAUCAAGAUCUCGCAAGAUCGCAAGAGCUAUCGAGGUUAUGGAACUUAUGCCGGAGGAUUCAAUGAGGGUGCGCCGUAUACAGUCUAUUUCUGUGGCGAGUUUGAGACAGCCCCGGAUGAAGCGGAGACAUUCGCUGGCCGUAACCAGUUCCCUGGUUUCAAUGCGAUGAACCCAGAGCCUCUCCCAUGGCCGGUUUUUGUCUCAGAAAAUAUGACCACCCCCCAAGGUUCACGCGUUGGAGCGGUGUUUACAUGGAAAGGGACUCAGACGACGAUUCGUUCCAAGAUUGGGAUAUCGUUCAUUUCAGAAGAAAAAGCCUGUAGAUUCAAAGAUGAAGAGAUUAAGAGCUGGGAUAUACAGGAUACAGUUGAUGCAGCAGUCGAGGAAUGGAAUCGUGAAGUUUUCAGUACGAUUCGGGUGGAUACCGGAAAUAACACCAACCAAGAGCACCUCGCGCUGUUAUAUUCAUCGCUCUACUUCAUGCAUCUCAUCCCAUCUAAUCGAACCGGCGAAAAUCCCCUCUGGCAAUCGGAAGAACCGUACUGGGAUGAUUUCUACUGCUUAUGGGAUACUUUUCGUAACACGAUAAGCCUUUCCCAUUUGAUUCAAACCGAUGCAUAUGAAUCCCAAAUUCGCUCACUUAUCGAUAUUUGGAGAAAUCAAGGUUACAUGCCCGAUGGGCGCUCAGGAAAUGACAACGGUCUAGUACAAGGCGGCAGCAAUUCUGACAACGUGCUCGCAGAUGCUUAUGUGAAGGGUCUCCGUGGAAAAAUCAAUUGGGCAGACGGCUAUGCUGCUAUGGUGAAAAAUGCCGAAGUGCCUACUAAUGGCAGCAACAAAGAGGGGCGAGGUGCAGGCGGAGAUUGGCUACAGUACGGAUACGUCAGCUCUUCUAUGCCCAGAAGUAUAUCACGAACUGUUGAGUAUUCCCUAAAUGAUUUUGCUCUGAGCCAAGUAGCAAAGGGCGAAAAGCCUGGCGACGUGUCAAUGUAUUUGAAGCGAUCGGCCGGGUGGCAAUUACUCUGGGAUCCCAGUACACAUAGCGUGAACACUUCGAAAGACUUCAGUGGCUUUCUUACUCCAAAAGACAGGAAUGGCACAUUCAACCAGACUGACUACAAUCCAGCAAAAUGUGGCGCUUGCUCAUGGUCGUCAAUCACUUACGAAGGCACACCUUUUGAAUACUCUUUCACGAUUCCUCACGACAUGAAGACACUGAUAGAGAAGAUGGGCGGCCCUAAAGGUUUUGAGGAGCGUCUUGAUUAUAUCUUUAUUCCAUACACUAGCCAAGCCGACCUUGGGCCCAACGGUGCAGGAAUCAAUACUAUUAUGAACAUCGGCAAUGAACCAGACUUUGCUACUCCUUAUCUAUAUAACUAUCUCAACAAACAGUGGAAGUCAGUGAAUCAAUCGCGCUUACAAGCCAAACAAUACUUCCGCAAUACCACGAACGGUAUGCCUGGUAACUCAGAUGCCGGGGCCUUGAAUUCCUGGCUGAUCUGGCAAAUGCUGGGUCUCUACCCAAUUGUAACACAGCCAGUGUACCUUCUCGAGUCGCCUUGGUUUAGCGAUAUCAACAUGACGAUUAGUAGAGAUAAGACCUUGCGAAUUACGGCGAAUGGGCUUGCCGAAGAUAGCUUCUAUGUUCAAGGCGUGAAGAUCAAUGGAGUUCAGUGGGAUAGAAACUGGUUCAACCAUGAUGACGUUUUCCAUGAGGGGGGUACCAUCGAAUUUGAUCUUGGCAAGGAACCUGUAGUGUGGGAGAAAGGUGAUGUGCCACCUAGUCCAGGAAACUUGGGUUAAAAAUAUCGUAGGAAAUCUCUUGAAACCAUAAUAAGACUAAUACUAGUACCG